AUGAGCGCAGCCCAGGAGCAUGUGCACCUGAGCAGGUCGGAGGUGUGCGGUAUAAUGAGGGAAGAGCUGUACAGUGAGGAGGAUUUCCAACAGACACAGACCCACAUCUUCAUUGUGAUUGGUGCUUCGGGUGAUUUAGCCAAGAAGAAGAUCUAUCCAACCUUGUGGUGGUUGUAUAAUGAUGGACUACUGCCAGAAGAUACUUAUAUUGUGGGUUUUGCCCGUUCAAAGCUCAGUGUACAGGACCUCAGGAAACAGAGUGAACCGUACUUUAAGGCCUCAGCAAGUGAUGCAGGGAAAUUGGACUCCUUCUUCAAGAGGAAUUCCUAUGUAUCUGGACAAUACUCAAAUGAAGCGUCUUUCAAAGCCCUUAACCAGCACUUAGAGUCACUGCCUAAUGGGAGUAAAGCUAACCGCUUAUUCUAUCUGGCUGUGCCACCCAGCGUGUAUCAUGACGUCACUCGGAACAUCAAGUUAACCUGCAUGAGUGCAAUCGGUUGGAAUCGGGUGAUUGUGGAGAAACCCUUUGGGAAGGAUUUGGAAAGUUCAAACAAGUUAUCUGAGCACAUCUCUUCACUCUACCAGGAGAACCAGAUUUACCGUAUUGACCAUUAUUUGGGCAAGGAGAUGGUACAGAACCUCAUGGUGCUCAGAUUUGCCAACCGGAUAUUUGGGCCACUCUGGAACCGGGAUCACAUCGCUUCUGUGGUUUUGACAUUUAAAGAACCAUUUGGCACUCAGGGUCGUGGAGGAUACUUCGAUGAAUUUGGAAUUAUCAGAGAUGUGAUGCAGAAUCACUUGCUACAAAUGAUGUGCUUGGUAGCCAUGGAGAAACCGGUGUCCACCAGCUCUGAUGAUGUGCGAGAUGAAAAGGUGAAAGUAUUGAAGUGUGUUCCUGAGCUAACCCUUAGCAACAUUGUUUUGGGACAAUACGUUGGAAAUCCGGAAGGAAAAGGUGAAGAGCUAAAAGGCUACUUGGAUGAUCCCACAGUACCUAAAGGAUCUCUCACCCCAACUUUUGCCACCGCUGUGCUGCAUGUACAGAAUGAACGAUGGGAUGGUGUCCCAUUCAUCAUGCGCUGUGGGAAGGCUCUGAAUGAGAGGAAGGCCGAGGUGAGGCUGCAGUUCCGAGAUGUUCCAGGUGACAUUUUCCAAGGGCAAUCUAAGAGGAAUGAGUUGGUGAUACGAGUACAGCCUGAUGAAGCUGUUUACACCAAGAUGAUGACCAAGAAGCCAGGGAUGUUCUUUAAUCCAGAGGAGUCCGAGCUGGACCUUACAUAUGGGAACAGAUACAAGGAUGUGAAGUUGCCAGAUGCGUAUGAGAGGCUAAUCCUGGAUGUGUUCUGUGGGAGUCAGAUGCACUUUGUGCGCAGUGAUGAGCUGAGGGAAGCCUGGAGAAUCUUUACUCCUAUUCUGCACAAACUGGAGCAAGAGAAGAUCAAACCCCUGCCUUACACAUAUGGAAGCCGGGGCCCCGCAGAGAGCGACGUGUUGAUGCAGAACGUUGGCUUCCGGUAUGAAGGAACAUACAAAUGGGUGAAUCCACACAAACUGUGA